GUGAAUUGAUAAAGAUCAUCCACUAUUGUACCCAAAAAAAUAAAUAAAGUGAUCAUUCACUGGGUCCCAACUCCCAAGUUCUCGAUUCAUCAUUCUUUUUGGUUUUGUUUUUUUCUCAAAUUAACUACCAAUCAGAAGAAGCUAGAUGUAUUUAUAAUUAUUAUUAUUAUAAUAACACUGCUUUAGCUUUUAUAUGCAAAUAAAUAGGACUUUCUUUACAUCACAUGCAAUUGCAUUAUGCAUAGAUAGACAAAGAGCUCACAAGUUCAUAAGAUAUCAAGAAAGAAUCAUGGAGAUGAAUUACCAAAAAGGGGUUAAAGGAAAAGUGAUUUUAAUGAAGAAGAGCUUGUUGGAUUUUCAUGACAUAAAAGCCAAUGUUAUUGAUCGAAUUCAUGAGUUUUUUGGGAAAGGUGUCUCAAUUCAGCUCAUUAGUGCUACUUCUCCUGAUCCAGCAAAGGGACUACAAGGGAAACGUGGAAAAGUGGCAUAUUUAGAGAGGUGGAUGUCAAGCAUAUCAUCAUUGACAAAAGCAACAGAUACAGAGUUCUCAGUUACAUUUGAUUGGGAUCAUGAGAAAAUGGGAGUUCCAGGAGCAUUCAUAAUAAGAAAUAAUCACCAUAGCCAAUUUUACCUCAAGAAAGUUACCUUAUAUGACAUUCCAGGACAUGGUUCUAUAACUUUUCUUUGCAACUCUUGGGUUUACCCUGCUCAUCGUUACAUAAAGGAUCGUGUUUUCUUUUCAAACAAGGCUUAUCUUCCAUGUGACACACCGGAGCCAUUGCGUAAGUUCAGAGAAGAAGAACUUGCGACCCUCCGCGGUAAAGGGGUUGGUAAACUUAACGAAUGGGACAGAGUCUAUGACUAUGCAUGCUACAAUGAUUUGGGAACUCCAGACAAUGGUCCACAUUAUGCACGCCCUGUAGUUGGAGGGUCGCAAAAGUUUCCUUAUCCGCGUAGAGGAAGAACUAGUCGCCCGCAUACCAGAACAGAUACUAAAACUGAGUCAAGAUUGCAUCUUCUGAAUCUAAACGUUUAUGUUCCAAGAGAUGAACAGUUUGGUCAUGUGAAGUUUUCAGACUUUCUAGCUUAUUCACUCAAAUCUGUUGCUCAAGUUGUGCUUCCAGAGCUUAGAUCUCUCUGUGACAAAACUAUAAAUGAGUUCGACACUUUUCAAGACGUACUUGAUAUUUAUGAGGGAAGUUUUAAGCUCCCAAGUGGACAAUUGCAGAGCACAAUUAGAGACCUUAUUCCUUAUGAAAUUUUUAGGGAACUUGUUAGGAAUGAUGGUGAGAGGUUCCUCAGAUUCCCAGUGCCUGAUGUGAUCAAAGCUAGUAAGACUGCAUGGAGGACUGAUGAGGAGUUCGGAAGAGAAAUGAUUGCCGGGGUUAACCCUGUUAUCAUUCGCCGUCUCCAGGAAUUUCCUCCUGCCAGCAAACUGGACCCAAGUGUCUACGGCGACCACACCAGUUCCAUCCAAGCAAAGCACAUAGAAAAUAGUUUAGAUGGACUCACAAUUGACGAGGCUCUUGAAAGGGAUAAACUAUAUAUAUUAGAUCAUCAUGACGCUUUGAUGCCAUACAUAAGUAGGAUAAACUCUACAAACACAAAGACUUAUGCCACUAGAACAGUCCUAUUUCUAAAAGAUGAUGGCACAUUAAAGCCACUAGCUAUUGAAUUAAGCUUACCUCAUCCACAAGGUGAACAACAUGGAGCUGUGAGUAAAGUUUUCACUCCAUCACAAGAAGGAAUAGCUGCUACGGUGUGGCAAUUGGCUAAAGCAUAUGCUGCCGUGAAUGAUUCAGGAUACCAUCAACUAGUUAGCCAUUGGUUAUAUACUCAUGCAGUGAUUGAACCAUUUAUAAUAGCUACAAACAGACAUAUGAGUAUUAUUCAUCCAAUUCAUAAGCUCUUGAAGCCCCACUUCAAGGAUACAAUGCAUAUAAAUGCCUUAGCUAGGCAUACACUUAUCAAUGCUGGUGGCGUACUAGAGAAAACAGUUUUUCCUGGUAAAUUUGCCUUGGAAAUGUCGGCAGUUGUAUAUAAAAAUUGGGUAUUUACCGAGCAGGCGUUACCUGCUAAUCUACUGAAGAGAGGGGUAGCCGUUCCGGAUUCAAAUAGCCCUCAUGGACUCAAACUUCUGAUAGAAGACUACCCUUUUGCUGUUGAUGGGUUGGAAAUAUGGGAUGCAAUUGAAACUUGGGUGAGUGAAUAUUGUAAUUUCUACUACACAUCUGAUGACAUGAUUGAGAAUGACUAUGAACUCCAACGCUGGUGGAAAGAUGUACGCAAUGAGGGUCACGGUGACUUAAAAGAUAGGUCAUGGUGGCCACAGAUGAAGACUAGAAUUGAUCUCAUUCAGUCAUGCACUAUUAUCAUCUGGGUGGCUUCUGCCUUUCAUGCAGCUGUGAAUUUUGGACAAUACCCUUAUGCAGGUUACUUACCUAAUCGUCCAACAGUUAGUCGCAGGUUCAUGCCUGAACCAGGUACUCCAGAGUAUGAAGAGCUCGGGUCAGAUCCUGAAUUAGCAUUCUUAAAAACAAUCACAGCUCAGUUCCAAACUCUCCUUGGUGUGUCAUUGAUAGAAGUUCUAUCCAGGCAUUCAACUGAAGAAGUUUAUCUUGGACAGACAGUAGACCCUGACUGGACUGCAGAUCCUGAGGCAUUGGCGGCAUUUGAUAGAUUUUCACAAAAGCUGUUGGAAAUUGAGAACAAUAUCAUGAAAAGGAACAAGGACCCAAGUUUGAAGAACAGAAAUGGGCCAGUGAAUUUGCCUUAUACACUUCUCUUUCCCAACACCUCGGAUUAUUCUAGGGAGGGUGGACUCACUGGAAAGGGAAUUCCCAACAGCAUAUCCAUCUGAAACCAUUCUGCUCAGUUUGGUUGUAUCAUUCGUUGAAUUAUUGUUAUUUAUGUAUCAAACCAAGGGUUUGAGUUUGAGGCGUCUACAUAAACUAUGUAGCACCGACACUUUAGACCGAAGACGUGUCUGGUGUUCGACACGACAAUGACACGUAUGGUUAAAUUCAAUUAUUUCAUUUUCUCAAAUUAUUACGGUUGUUAACGUGUCAGUGUUGUGUUCGUGUGUGUGUCGGUGCUUCAGAGCGAAUAAAUUAUUUGUGUAUGUCUACCAUGAUUGUUAUUCUUGUAUUUUUAUAUUCUUAUUUCAAGACAAGACUAGAGUGUAUGACUGAAAUGUAUAAUAUGAAUAGUUUUCAAAUUAUCAUAUAUGCAUUUCUGAA